CGCCACUGUGUCUUUAAGACUGAAUACGCGUGUGCGUGUGUGUGUGUGUGUGUGUGUGUGUGUGUACAGUUAAAGCAGGAUGAUCCUACACACGGUUCUGAAGUCCACUGCGGGGAAUUAACGGGAGAUGAGCUGAGCGCGUGCGGAAUCCGGUCCAGAGCAGACAUGCAGGCAGAAGAGGGGACGGAGUGGCUCCUGGAGCUGCUCACAGACGUUCAGCUGCAGCAGUAUUUCCUGCGAAUCAGAGACGAGCUGAACGUCACUCGACUCUCUCACUUCGAUUAUGUGAAGACUGAAGACCUGGAGAAGAUUGGCAUGGGGCGGCCAGGUCAGCGGCGUCUGUGGGAAGCAGUGAAGAAACGCAGAGCGAUGUAACGCAAGUCGUGGAUGAAGGUGUUUACAGGGAAGAGACCCGAGACGGAGACUCAGACGGGAGUGACAUUUCGAGAUUCGUCUCCCUGCAGUCUUCUGUCUGAGGAUCACGGAGAGUCUCAGCCAGCAGCUCUGACCUGCCUGAUCUCUGAGCGAGACCUGACGCUGCUGGAGAAACUCGGAGACGGAUCAUUUGGUGUGGUGAAGAGAGGGGAGUGGCAGGCUCCGUCUGGACGAGUGCUGAAUGUUGCUGUAAAAUGUCUGAAGACGGACUUGUUGGAUCAGACAGAAGGUCUGGACGAUUUCAUACAGGAAGUAAACGCCAUGCACUCGCUGAACCAUCAGAACCUGAUCCGGCUGUACGGAGUGAUUCUCACACAUCCCAUGAAGAUGGUGGCGGAGCUGGCUCCUCUCGGCUCUCUGCUGGACCGGUUGAGGAAGCGUCAGGGUCACAUCCUGAUCUCGGUGCUGUGCCGCUACACCGUGCAGAUCGCGUGUGGAAUGGCGUACCUCGAGUCACGGCGUUUUAUCCACCGAGACCUGGCCGCUCGCAACAUCCUGCUCGCCUCCAACGACCUGGUGAAGAUCGGAGACUUCGGCCUGAUGCGCGCUCUGCCCAAGAACGACGACCAUUACGUGAUGCAGGAGCACCACAAGGUUCCAUUCGCCUGGUGUGCUCCAGAGAGCCUGAAGACCAGAACCUUCUCUCAUGCCAGUGAUACCUGGAUGUUUGGUGUGACGCUGUGGGAGAUGUUCACGCACGGCCAGGAGCCCUGGAUCGGACUAAAUGGCAGCCAAAUUCUUCAUAAGAUCGAUAAGGAGGGGGAGAGACUGGUUAAACCUGAAGACUGUCCUCAGGACAUCUACAACGUCAUGCUGCAGAGCUGGUCUCCAAAACCCGAGGACAGGCCGACCUUCGUGGCUCUGAGGGACUUCCUCGUGGAGACGAUGCCUACAGACAUGAGAGCUCUGCAGGACUUUGACGAACUUGACAAGCUGAAGAUCCACACGAACGACAUCAUCACGAUCAUCGAGGGCAGAGCGGAGAACUACUGGUGGCGAGGUCAGAACCGGCAAACUCUGAAGGUGGGUCAGUUCCCCAGGAAUGUGGUGACGUCUGUGGCUGGACUUUCUGCUCAUGACAUCAGCAGGCCUCUUAAACACAGCUUUAUCCACACGGGUCAUGGAGACACGGACCCUCACCGCAGCUGGGGAGCUCCUGAUAAAAUCGAUGAAAUAUACCUGGGGAACCCCAUGGACCCUCCUGAUGUUCUUGGGAUGGAUCCGAAUGCUGAUAAACCCACAAAAUUACCAAAUCGAUCUAAAAAGCAACCUCCACCUCGUCCUCCUCAGCCGGCCGUCCUUCUGAAGAAACCCUUCUAUGACUGCGUAAUUGAUGACGAUGAUGAUGAUGAAGACAAUGAUCUGAUAGUCACUGGAUUGAAGAAGCUUUCUCUGAAAGCACCAUCGUACCUCGGGCUACGCCUUCGUCCGUGGGAGAACUCAGACUCGGCCGAUCGUCUCAGCGAGGUUUCGCUCAUCGACUUCGGAGAUGAUAGCUUCAGCUCCACCUCACCUUCUCCCAUUACAGAGACUCCGGCCUCCAGCGCCGCUCCAUCAGGAGCCUCCAUCCUGGAUUCCGGUCCUCCACCGAGCCCGUACCGCAGUUUGCCAAACCCGCUGCACCCGACCCCCGUGGUGGACUGGGACUCCCGGCCUCUGCCUUGCCUCCCUGCGUAUGAUGAGGUGGCUUUAGAUUGUGGAGAGCAGGAGGACGUGGAGGUCAGCUCCAUCAACGCUGAGAAGACUGACCAUCCAAAGAUGCAGAAUUACGACAGUGUCAAAGAAGAUUUAGAUCUCAAGUGCAAAGUAGAAGACAAUUUGUUCCUUCCAUCUAAACCUGCUUUGGAGAACCGAUCUUCUUCACAGUCUGCUGACAUCUUCAAGGAAUUACAGAGGGAGGUCAUGGCCAAGUUGCGUGUUCCUGCGACAGCUCAGUCAAUGCCCUCGUCACCCGUCUUACCACACCGCCAAAUCAUCCUGCCAACCCGUGAGGACAAGCCUCAGAUCCCACCCCGGAUCCCUGUCCCACCAACACGCCCUUCCAGACGGACACGUGCCAGGCUUUCUGCUUCUCAGGGAGAUGAUGAGGAGAGGCCUCAGCCUCCACAGAUCCCUCCCAGAGACCACGCCAUAUCACAGCCCAGCUCUCGAUCCCCCAGUCCCAUGAUCUCCACUCAACAAAGACCCAUUCUCUGCUGUGUUGGGUCUUUAGGAUCCUGCCUCUCACCUUCAUCGUACUCCUACUCUCCAUCUACUGCUCCUUCAAAGCUCACGCUCAGCCCAAGUAGAGUCAACUACAAUUCCCAGAAUUCCACUUCCUCCACCAGUAUAGACCGAGCCAAGAGCCCCUGCAGCCUGCCGGUCCUGAGCGACACCACCAAGUCCAGCAGCACUCCGAAUUACCUGCUUCCUGAGAGACCAACGUUUCUCGACAAGUCUGUGAAAGAUUCAGAGCAAAACAAAGAGCGACGGACCAACAUGGCCACCGUAAGACCCAUCAUGCAGCAGCAGAUCUUCAAGUCCAAUAUGACCUCCAACCCCAGCAGCAGCUCUCAGAGUUCCACUGCACUCAACACUUACAGUAGCGUGAAACAGGUGCAGGAGGCGGUCCAUGGCGUGACGGUAGAGGAGUGUCAGACUGCACUCCAGAGUCACGGCUGGAACAUCCAGAAGGCUAUUGAGUACCUCAAGGUUGAGCAGCUGUUCCGUCUUGGGCUGAAGACUCGAACCGAGUGUGUGGAAGUUUUGCAGAGAUGCAACUGGAACCUGGAGCAUGCGAGCACCCAGAUGCUGGAUUCAUAUGGAAGCUCCAGACAAAGAUACUAAACCCAGAAUUGAGGAGGAACACAGCGCCCUCUACUGUCCACUGAGAACCUCCACAUGUUCAUCGAAACCUGCUCCUGCGUUCUCCAUUGGCUGCUGAAGAACUUGUUACUGCAUCUGUUGUGGAAAAAGUGAACCGUGCUGAACUUUAAGAACAGAGUUUUUAUUUUUUAAGGAUGUUUAUGGAGUAUUUCUCGUCGCUGUUGUUGUUGUUGUUGUUGUUGAUGUUGUUGUUGUUUAUUUGGAGCUUUUUUUUUUGCGCCCUGCUUAAAGCUGCAAAUUUGCAAAAGAAAAUCGAAUCUGUUCUGGUAUUAUUGAAGUUUUGCUUUAUAUUUAUUAUGUGUGAUGAAAAGAUGACCCUCGCUGUAUUGUUUAUAUUUAUUCGCUUUGAAAAUGUGAAAUAUUUAUGAGAAAUUAAAAUAUUUAUUUGAUGAUUAUUCAUUACGUCUGGAGUGGAAUUCAGCAGUUCUUCUGCUUCUGCUUUUUAUUUU